CACGUGACGCGGAGUGUGACGUAGGAGGAAGGAGACGCCAUUAGAGGGAGGAGAGGGAGGACAACCCCCUGGCCUCGGGUUCUUGACGUGGUGGCCGGGGCCCUUCAUUCUGGGACUUUCUCCCGGCCCUCUCCGGCCUCGCCCGCGGAGGACGCGGUGGGCACCGGGCUCGGCGUAGCGUGAAGAGCCGGGCCCGGGAGGAGCGGGCGCGGCGGCGCGGGGCUCGGCGCGGGGCUCGGGCGGCCGGGCAGCGGCGGGAUGGCUGCGGCCGGCGGCGGGGCGGCGGCGGGCCGAGCCUACUCCUUCAAGGUGGUGCUGCUCGGGGAAGGCUGCGUGGGGAAGACGUCGCUGGUGCUGCGCUACUGCGAGAACAAGUUCAACGACAAGCACAUCACCACCCUGCAGGCAUCUUUCUUAACAAAGAAGUUAAAUAUUGGUGGGAAAAGAGUAAACCUUGCUAUAUGGGAUACAGCAGGUCAAGAGAGAUUCCAUGCAUUGGGUCCAAUUUACUACCGAGAUUCGAACGGAGCUAUUUUAGUUUAUGAUGUAACAGAUGAAGAUUCUUUUCAGAAGGUUAAAAACUGGGUCAAAGAAUUACGGAAAAUGUUGGGAAAUGAAAUCUGUUUGUGUAUAGUUGGUAAUAAAAUAGACUUGGAAAAGGAGAGACAUGUUUCCGUUCAAGAAGCAGAAUCGUAUGCAGAGUCUGUGGGAGCAAAACAUUAUCAUACUUCUGCUAAACAAAACAAAGGAAUUGAGGAACUCUUUCUUGACCUUUGUAAAAGAAUGAUAGAAACAGCGCAAGUGGAUGAGAGGGCAAAAGGCAAUGGCUCCAGUCAAGCCGGGGCUGCUCGGCGAGGCGUGCAGAUCAUCGACGAUGAACCUCAAGCUCAGAGCGGCAGUGGAGGAUGCUGCUCUUCCGGAUAACAGCUCACGCCUAUGAAACUCAAAACAAAACAGAACUGUGGAUCAUUGCCCUGAACAUGAAGACUGCCAUAUUCCAAGUCACAUCAUUUUACCAAUGGAGUUAUAGAAUUAACAGUAUUUUCAAUUACGUUUAUAACACUGCAGAGACCUUAAGUGCUAAACUUAGUGGAGUUUGUGACCAGAGAAUUGGCAUUUUCUACAAAUGUUAACAAAGCAAUUACCAAUGGCCUUUUUACAUAUUUUUUCUUUAAUGAGGAAUAAUAUGCAUGUAGAAAAGACCUACUUAAAGGCUUCAUUUAUAUUCUUUUAAAUCAGAUCUUUAUUUAAUAACUUAUAUAUGAUGUUGGAAUGGUAUACAUUUUUGCAGUCCUUUGUAUUUUGUGGUAGUUUGAAUUGUAUCACUUAUAAACAGCAUACUGUUUUUGUUUUUGUUUUUGAUUAGCAGAUACCUGAAGUUCUAUUUUUGCAGGGUUUGCACAGGCCCCUAACUGUCUACUACUUUGAUAUAAUCUAUAAACAUCCUGUAUGCUGAGCUGGUAAAAUACAUUGUAAAUUACAUAUUAAAUAUUUUAUCUGCUUUUACAAGCGCAAGGUGCAAAAACAUAUACAGUUGUCUUAUUAAUGACUGUAAAGUGAAUUAACUGUUGCUGAUAAUGCCUAAGCUUUUGACUCUGUUAAUCACCUUCCUUCACUUUGUCUUAAUGUGAAAGUGGCGUGUUUAAAUUUUCAUACUGUACUUGAAUUGUUACUGUUGUCACUCUUUUCCUUUUCUUUUUUUUUCUUUUUCUUUUUUUCUUUUUUUGCCUCUGUAAGUCCCAGCAAUCAAAAAGCAACAUUUGCCUUUUUAUUAUUAUUGUGAUUAAACACAAUUCCUUCUGCCAAUUUUGUUUUAGAACAGUUACCUUAGAAGAAUUUGAGUAGAGCUCGCCAAGUUUCACUUCUGCAACAGCUCAAGUUUUCUGUGGGGCUUUCCACGAGAUGGGUUUACUGGCCUGAGAGAAGAGGGUCUCUGAUAGUAGCCCGACCGAGGCUUAUUUAUAGAGUAUGUGAGUGAUACCUUAAGCUCCUGAGGCAGCACUCUUGGAUCCCUUGUAAGGAAUAAAUAUAGAAAGUUGUAUUUCAUUUUAUAAGAGUUAUUCUGAGUUUCUGUAGGAAGAAGCAUUCUGUAAUGCAGUUUCAGCAAACACUGGAAAGAUUUAUUAUAAAAUCAUAAUCUUGUUUAUUUUGCAAUUAGUCCCACAUUAGAUAUUUUUUCUCUUUAGCAUUGGGCUGAAAUUUGUUCAUUUAAGAAAGAAUCAGGCACUGCUCACAGAUAAAAAACAUUGUGGAAAUUAACAAAUUGUUCUUGUUCUAAUUAUAUAUAUAUAUAUUUCCCAUUUCUGUCAUGCUUGGAAAACUAGUAAAUGUGUGUAAGAUAAGAUGGAGUGGUCCCUGGAUUUACUUCUAGGAAGUAGAAUACAGUAACACAUUUACCAAGCGUUUCUGAAGAUGACAGGAGGUGAUGGUCACUGAGCGAAUGCUUCCAUAUUCUUAGGAGUAGGCUUAAUCUUCUCAAAUAGCCUCAAAGUUUGAAUGGCUUCCACCUUACUAUCUAAAUAAUAGGACUUUAACUUAGCAUUGUGUUCUCUGAGUCCUGUCUUUAGAUCAUGGACUUACUGACCUUGCCAAAUUCAAAACACUGACCUUUUCCCUGUGUGCCUAAUGAUGGUCAGAAUGGAAGAGUCAAGGAAGUGAGCAACAGUUGUGUCCCAUUACCGGGUGACUAGGCUGUGCCACGCUGGGUUUCCUGUGAAGCUGCUGUUCACGAAGGGGCAGCCAAAAGCAUGAGUCACUGGAAAAUGUUUUCCUAGCUUCUGGCUUUUUAGGACUAGAGACUGCUGCCAAUCCUGCUGUUGUAGAUAGGAAAUAUACUCUCAUUGGAGUAGAAUACUGUUUUCAAACGAGAGAUGAAAUUAAAACAAGUUGAACUUGA